UUUCCUAUUGACAGCUUAAACAAACGCUCUGCGAAUUUACGCCUAGUUCUAAGCUUUCAGGCUGUCUUAUAUGGAAUAAAUUGACUUUAUGAAAUCGAUUUAUAACAACCUUUUAUUGGGAUACCUAACAAAUCAAUUUUGUCAGCAAACAUUACAAUCGAGCUGCAAAUCAAUGUUAUACAUUUAGCAUUCAGAAUAGUUGUGAAGGCUCGGACCAAGAUCUGUUUUAAUCUAAAAAAAAAAAAAAAAGCGACUGCCGAUAUAGGAUAAGUGUUUUUGGAUAAGAGUAUUUCGUUUUAAAACGAUGUUUAAUUUUACGGAGCGUGAUUUUAAUGGAUGUAACUCGAAUUUAAAUCCAUCUCAAUCCAGGUAAAAAGAUAUAACCUCAACAACAACGUCGGCGACGACAACGAAGUAGUUUAAUAGCUGAAAAAAAGUUGAAGUGAACUAGUUCGUGCGGAUUUUUAAAGAAAUAAAAGUGAAUCAAAAUGGAGGCUUUAUUGAAGAACGAAGUAGUGCGGUCUAAGAUCAGAGGCUUAUCUGCACCCGUAAAGAAAGCGUUUAUAGAAAACUUAUUGGACUUGUAUGAACAAGAGACGGAAGAAAUGAUUGACGUCAUUGAAGAAAGCCGUAUGGAACUUCGAGGAGAUUUUUUGUCAUUUGAAGAUGAAUCGAAAUCCCUAAGAGCAGAAUCAAGAAUGCUAGAGGAGAAAAGGAAGGACUAUGACUCCGAAUGUGUUGAUCGAUAUGUCAAGUCACGUGCUAUGUCAUCAAGAAGCACGGAUUCUCGUCUGUCUUACAUUGAUGAGCAAACGAACAGUAAGGCGGUAAAAGAUUACAUCCGAAACCGCGGGAAAAGACGCCCGCCUUUGGCAGAUGAAAUCAAACGUAGCCAGAGUUCAGACAGACCGAUGGGCAGCCGUUCGGACAGCGUAAUGACGACAAGAAGUCUGCCGACGCCGGCAACCCUAAGGACAGUUGAAGAGGAAAAAGACGAGGUCAUGAAGAAUUUGUCGUCUGCAAAUCGCAAGAACGAGGUAGAACGUGAACGGCAAGCAGAAUUAAUUGCACAACGGCGUGAGAAACGAAUGCAACAAAAAAAGACGACGGAAGAAAAAGCGCUGGAAUUACUAGAAAAAGCAGUUGCUAUGGAUAAGAUGUUGCAAGAACAGAAACAGGAGCAAGACCAGAAGUUAAAAGAGCGUCUAGAGGAUAUGAAGAGGAAGCGCGCGGAAUCGAGAAUAGGAACACACAAUUCAGCAGACGACACUAGAUAUGAUAAGAAAGAGCGUCCAAAACAUACAUAUCAGGGAGAUAAAAAAUAUGGAAUUGACGACAGACUAGAUAAACCUACUAAAACUGGAAAUUCGGACCAAAAUAACACCUCAGACAGAAGAGACAGGCGAGACAGACCAAAAAAUGACGAUAAAAAGAAAGAAACCAAGGAUAAAGACAAAGUUGCGGCUGACUAUGAUUUUACCAUUUAUUGAUAAUUGUAUUGUGUCAGCGAGUCGUUGACUCUAUACGGCAGGUGUUUUAUUAAACGACCCCACUUGACCCUUUGUGUAGAUGUUUUGAAUGGAUAUUGGAAGGGAUAUUGGCGAAUUUUGGUUCUAAAAAUUUCUAGAGGAAGAAAGAAGAUUGUAUAAUUUUGCAGACGACCAGAAUUUAUGUUCUGAUCAAAGUUUAGUUUGAAAGUAUUAUUGCUGACGGCACCAUUUCGCUUGAACAAUUCUAGACCAUUUUCAUUUUUCAUAUUUCUAAUUUUAUGUAGAAAUGUAAAUAAUAAAUUUUUCGUGUUUUCUCCAACAUAACGUUAUCAUUUUUUAUUCAGCUUAUGUGGAUUUCUGAGGAAAGUCAUUCGAAAUUAGCGCGGGUUCUGUAAAUGAAUCAUGUCGAACUAGUCUCGCCUAUUAUGUAUCUCUAAAUUAUUUACGUUGAUUUUUCCGAACAACCCUUUAGUUUAGCUCAGCUCACAGUGACUGUUUAGGGUCGUUUGAUAUCCGUUGUCCGUCUGCCCAUCGUCCUCCCGCCCGUGGUCGUCUACAACUGGUUUACUCGGUAACAUCAAUAUUUUACAGUAAUUACGCUGGUCAUAUAAUCUAGGUGAAGUUUGAUCAUUGGCUAAAUCGGAACAUUAGAUCAAGAGUUAUAGUCCUUGAUUUAUUAUAAUUACCAUAAACAUUCAUGGCAAUCCUAAUC